AUGAUAUCUGACCAACUAACUAUCAUCAACGAAUACAAAACUAAUCACGAAUCACUGAUGACAGAAAACUCCAACCUAAAGAAGAAAUGCAACGACCUCGAGACCCGUUUGGAGGACCUGGAACAGUAUUCGCGGGCAAAUAGCAUCGAGAUCAACGGAAUCCCUGAGGAUAAAAAUGAAGACAUCAUUCAGAUCGUGAAAAACGUUGGUCAUGGACUGGGCGUGCCGGUGCAAGAACAGGAUAUUGUCGCAUGUCAUCGCCUUGGCUCUCCAAAUAAAGACGGGGUGCGUACUAGGGAAAUUAUCGUCAAGUUUGUGAGAAGAUUAGUGAAAGAAAACCUACUCCAACAAAGAAGAGUUAAACGGAAUUUCAAUACGAGGGACAUUGGUAUAAUGGAUCGAACGACCGAGGCUGUUUAUAUCAAUGAAAGCCUGAGCGUUGCGCGACGCAAGAUUUUCAACGAGCUGAAGAUCAUGAAGAAAGAUAACCUCCUUCAAUACGUGUGGGUGCGAAACGGAAAGGUGCUGACGCGAGCGCAUGAUGGAGCCAAAGUUGUCGCUGUUACAACACUCGAUCAGGUGAGCGCCCUAAAGCUAAAGAAUACAGGUAAACAGUUAUCGCCCUCCAAGCAGAAUCAGCUGAUACAGAUAACAAAUCCACGAUCGAAAUGA